AUGUCAAGAAACAGUCUAGUUACUCCGGUUGAAAGAUCCAUUAAAAGUACCAUGCAAGUGAAAAAUCGUAAGAGGAAAGGGGUUGCUACAAGUGAAGACCAACAAGACAGUGAAAGCCACCCACGAUUCUUUGUAUGGAAGAGGAAUAACAAAUUCGGAAACCCAGCCUCAAGAAAUGUUUAUAAAAUCCCACAGAAAGUUAUAAGUGAGUGUUUGCAAUCCGGUCUAAGGCGUAUUCAGAUUGUUGAUUCGGAUGGUGGAGAAAGGUAUGAGGAAGAAAGUUCUAAAGACCCCUCAAAGGAUGGCGACCUUAAAAACCUUUCAAACUACUGUGUAUGGAAGAAGGAAGUAGAUGAUCCAGAAGUUGUUGAGAAAAACAUUCUGAAAAUUCCACAACAUGUUAUCAAUACCUACUCGUUGAUUCCGAUAAGUAGGAUCCAAUUGGUGGAUUGUGAUCAUGGUGAUAAGUAUGACUGUGAGCUUCAUACCACAAGGAGGGCCAACUCUGUUGAGAAGUAUAUCUGA